AUGGAGACCCUGAGAGACUACCAACGAGCUGAAAUAGAUGUGCCUGUACCAGUUGAGGAUGAGUUGGUUGUGCCUGUAUCAGUGUCAGCAGUUGUGGAUGAGUUGGUUGUGCCUGUAUCGGCGUCAGCAGUUGUGGAUGAGUUGGUUGUGUCUGUAUCGGCGUCAGCAGUUGUGGAUGAGUUGGUUGUGCCUGUAUCGGCGUCAGCAGUUGAGGAUGAGUUGGUUGUGCCUGUAUCGGCGUCAGCAGUUGUGGAUGAAUUGGUUGUGCCUGUAUCGGCGUCAGUAGUUGUGGAUGAGUUGGUUGUGCCUGUAUCGGCGUCAGCAGUUGUGGAUGAAUUGGUUGUGCCUGUAUCGGCGUCAGUAGUUGUGGAUGAGUUGGUUGUGCCUGUAUCGGCGUCAGCAGUUGAGGAUGAGUUGGUUGUGCCUGUAUCGGCGUCAGCAGUUGUGGAUGAGUUGGUUGUGUCUGUAUCGGCGUCAGUAGUUGUGGAUGAGUUGGUUGUGCCUGUAUCGGCGUCAGCAGUUGAGGAUGAGUUGGUUGUGCCUGUAUCGGCGUCAGCAGUUGAGGAUGAGUUGGUUGUGCCUGUAUCGGCGUCAGCAGUUGUGGAUGAAUUGGUUGUGCCUGUAUCGGCGUCAGUAGUUGUGGAUGAGUUGGUUGUGCCUGUAUCGGCGUCAGCAGUUGAGGAUGAGUUGGUUGUGCCUGUAUCGGCGUCAGCAGUUGUGGAUGAAUUGGUUGUGCCUGUAUCGGCGUCAGUAGUUGUGGAUGAGUUGGUUGUGCCUGUAUCGGCGUCAGCAGUUGAGGAUGAGUUGGUUGUGCCUGUAUCGGCGUCAGCAGUUGAGGAUGAGUUGGUUGUGCCUGUAUCGGCGUCAGCAGUUGAGGAUGAGUUGGUUGCAGAUUCAUCACCACCAUCAACAACGCUGAAGAACCGUGGAACACAGUGUAAAUGGAACCUACACCGCUCAAAAGUCCCCCAUCAGCUGCAUUGUGAGCAGAAGGGGAGUGCAAAUAUGAAGCAGGAGGACCCAGAGCCCAUACCGUUUAGAGAGGAACAGGUCUCUGAAACCUCAGUGUUCUUAUUCACGCCUUCCAGCGUGAAAAGUGAAUCUGAUAAUGAUCAAGACCCAUCUUAGGCUUCACAUCUUUACCAAACCCAAAGUGAAGAAAACCGAGAGAGUGACUGUCUACCCAACAACACAAGUGCAGAAAUCAAAACAGAAGUUGAUGGAGAGGACAUCAGAGUAUAGGAACCAACCGGUGACUCUCAGCCCCUCUGCAGCAAACCCAAAAUGUUCUGCAGUAAAGAGUGAAAACGGGGAUUGUGUUGAUGGGGAGGCAAGUGGAGGAUUUAUCUCAAAACUAAAGCCACUCGAAUCAAUUCGGGCUAAGAAAGAACAAAGCUUCUAAAUGUCUACCAAUGGCAGGAAAACCAGUGAGCUGAAAGUGCCAUUAGGAUCUAACACACGGGAGAGACCCUACGUGCUAUGUUUGCCAAAAAGGCUUUUGGACAGCAUACACUUUACAAGCAAAUGGAAUUAUUCACACAGAGGAGAAAUCGUUUCAAUGCGAAGACUGUGGGAAAUGUUUCAGCAGUAAGGGAAAACUGAAGAAACAUGUUAAGAUUCACACUGGGGAGGUGAGAUACAAAUCAGAGAGAAAAUAUACCUGUCCCGUAUGAAGAAAAGGCAUAAGCACAGCAUUCGGGUUUAAAAAUACAUCAGAGAAUUCACACAAGGGAGAAAUCAUUUCAGUGCCUGUUGUGUGGAAAUGUUACCCAUCAGCAAAUUAUCUUUAAAAAAAACACCAGCGCACUCGACAUUUCGGUGCAAUGAUUGCGGCAAGCACUACUGCUGCAAAAGCGCCCUGAACAUGCAUUUAAGGAUACACACGGGACAAAAAUGUUAUUGCGCAGAAUGUGGCAAAUAAAGUGCAUUCAAAAAGUAUUCAGACCCUUUGACUUUAUCCACAUUUUGUUACG